UCUAGAGGCUUCCUGGUUCUACCCCGGGUAAAGACAGAUCGAUUAGGAAAUGUUAGUGUGGCACAUCAAUAACCCAAACUGGUGGCUCUCAAAAUUGUCUGCACGUUGGAACCACCUGGGGAUCAUGUCCUGGCGUCUGUGUUUCACCCUCAGAGAUUGGGAUUUAACUGGUCUGGUGUGCCCCGGGCUUUGGAAUGUUUUCAAAGAUCCUCAGGUGAAUCUGAUGAGCGUGCACGUUUUGGAACCACAGGGUCAAAGCAAUACUAAUUGCUGAACAAUCGAUACACCUGAUGUCAUUUAAUCCCCAGAAGAACUCAACUAUUGCCAAUUCCCUUUUUACAAAUGGAGAACCAGGUUAAAAUGGUUAAUUUAUGUAAGAUUGCAAAACUAACAGCAGAGCGGCCCCAAGGUCCUCAUACAGAAGUAGGCUGAAGGUGAAUAAUUUCAGGCCUAAAGCAUAUCUUACCUUACUUAGUACUGUUGUUGCUGGUGAGGUUUACCAUUAAAAUAUAGUGAAGAAUUUGGAGAAGGAGAGCACUAUUGCAUUAGGUCCCUGAAAUGUAAACUUCAUGAAAGUAGUAACUCUUUUUUUUUUUUUUUUUGGCUUGGGUUUUGUGUUCCCAGCUCAUGGAAUGUAACAGAAACUUAAUAUUUGAGUGAAUUGCUGAUUAAAUAGAUUAAUAAACAUUAAAGUGUAUAAUCAUCAGUAAUUCAUAGUCUUAAUGCAGUGGUUUAUGAUUCAUAAAAAAUAACCUUUUAAACACUGGAAAUAUCCAGUUAUAGGAUUUAUUACAAUUUUUAUUUUUACCCAUUUUCUCAGUUGAGAGCAUACAAAAUGAUGUUUUCUGCUUUUUGUUUAGUCUUAUUGAAGGCAUUCUUUCACUUUUGUUACUUUUAUUAUAAUUAGCAUUUAGGUCCUGUGUUAACUCUUAGCUGAAAAGUGGGUGCCAUAAUAUACUUCCUUGUCAUUUUUAUUGCUGUUCUUUCUAAUUUGAUCUUGAGGUCUCUCUCUUUGAGAGUGACUUAAGCCAGAAUAGCCAUUCUUCAGGAAAGCCCAGACCCAAAGAGGAAACCUAGGUUCUGGUGUGCAGAUGAGAUGCUAAAGGAGGUAACACACAAAACUUGUGAAAUAACAGGCAUAUUUUAUUACUUACAGAUUCGCCAGAGAAUAAGCCUGAUGGGAAGUCUGGAGAUAACGGGACACCCAACCAGCAGGCGGGAGCGGCCGGAUUAAUUACGCUGCCGCUGGCUGCCCAUGUGUGCUGAUGUCCUGGGACCAGAUCCCGGUGCCCCGUGCCUUCCGAUGCUGGAGCCUACGGAGAGCGUCCGAAACGGCCCUACAGAGCAGUAGCCGGGCAGUUGAAGAUCAGCUAAAGAUAUGUGGCCACAAGAGGGAUGAUGAUGUCUUUGAGCUGUUCCUUUCUAAAAAGGAACUGAUAGAAGUCAUUGAUCUUUCUAGGUUUAAAAAAUUAAAAUACUUAUGGCUUCAUCAUAACAAGCUCCAUGGAAUAACAUUUCUAACUAGAAACUAUUGUCUGACAGAACUAUAUCUAAACAACAAUGCAAUAUUUGAGAUAGAAGGCCUGCAUUAUUUGCCUUCAUUGCAUAUACUCCUGCUACACCACAAUGAGUUAACCAACCUUGAUGCGACAGUGAAAGAAUUAAAGGGAAUGCUAAAUCUGAAGAUCCUAAGUCUAUACCAAAACCCUUUGUGCCAGUAUAACCUGUAUCGUUUAUAUAUCAUCUACCACCUUCCAGGAGUGGAGCUGCUUGAUCGAAAACAAGUUACAGAAAAAGAAAGAAGAUCAAUGAUUACCAUUUUUAACCAUAAAAAGGCUCAUAUUGUUCAAUCAAUAGCAUUCGGAGGAAAAGUAGAUGCAUCAUGGGAUCCUAAAUCACCAUUUAAGCAAAAACCAGCCCAAAGAGUACCUUCAGAUUUUGCAUUUGCAAAUAAUGUAGACAAAACUGUGUUUGAUGACCCAGAAGAUGCUGUUUUUGUCAGGUCCAUGAAGAGAUCAGUGAUGACUUUUUCCUCUAUGAACUGGGACACAGUUCCAACACGAGAGGAAAGAUACCUUGAAGAGGAAGGCACAGAACCUGCUCAGAUGCUCACAGUUACACUGAGAUAAGCCCUGGUAUUUCUAGAAAUCUUAGUGGUUUUCAGUUGUAUAUUAAAGUUCCCUGUGACUUAGCAUAUUACAUACUUAACUAUGAUAUUAUUUGAGACAUUUAAAUGUAAACAGAAACACCAGUGAUGAAAAGUAAUUCCUACAUUUUAGGCUUUUAAACGUAAAGUUGUUGAAGUAAAAAUGUAUACAGAAAUGUA